UUUCGCGGCGGAGGGACGCGGGGGAGCCUCUCGGUCGCUGACGGGGUCGCUCGAUCGCUCCUUUCUCGCUUUGUCCGGAGGCGGCGGCGGCGCGGCCAUGCCGGUGGAGGACAGCGGCAGCAAGGGUGGCUCGAGCGGGAGCGACGCCGGUGGAGGGCUCCUGGUGGCAGAAAGGAAGGAAGAAAUGGGAGACGCAGUGAUCACGCCGGCCAUGCAGCAGGAGGAGCAGCAGCUGGAGGCCGAAGGGGAGGAGGAGGAGAGACAGAUCAUGGAGAAGGCUCGCAUGUCCUGGGAUAGAGACUCAAAUGAAAUGCGCUAUAAGAGGCUUCAGCACUUGCUUGAGAAAAGCAAUAUCUACUCCAAGUUCUUGCUGACCAAAAUGGAGCAGCAGCAGCUAGAGGAGCAACGCAAAAAAGAAAAAGUAGAAAGAAAAGAAAUGUUAAAAACGACAAAGAAUGAAAAACUUACUGGUGAAAGAGAAGUCAAGCAAGGUGCAAAAAAGAGAUCCAGAGAAGAUGAAACUUACAAUAUCUCUGAUGUCAUGUCUAAGGAGGAAAUUCUGUCAGCUGCCAAGAAAAGUAAAGCCGAAGACAAUCAGAAUGAAAGCUCAUCUCUGAAACUGUGUGCAGAAGAAUUCCAAAACAACGGGGACUCAAAUAGCAUUAUUAAGAACAGGUUGGCACAGGCGGUCCGCCACAGCGCCAAGCAUUUUGUUGACCCAGUGCGGAUGUUUAACGGCCAGCCGGUACCUUUUCAGCAGCCCAAACUCUUCUCUGGAGGUGUAAUGAGAUGGUACCAAGUGGAAGGCAUGGAAUGGCUGAGGAUGCUGUGGGAGAAUGGCAUCAAUGGUAUUUUGGCCGACGAAAUGGGUUUAGGAAAGACAAUCCAGUGCAUCGCCACAAUCGCCUUGAUGGUGGAGAGGGGAGUCACCGGCCCCUUCCUGGUCUGCGGGCCUCUGUCUACGCUUCCGAACUGGAUGGCAGAAUUCAAAAGAUUUGCUCCUGAGGUUCCAAUAAUGCUGUAUCACGGCACCCAGCAAGAACGACGUUCGCGGCUUCAUAAAAUCCGAAAGAGAACCGGUUCCCUGAAUGUCCAUCCCGUGGUCAUCACUUCUUUUGAAAUAGCCAUGAGAGACAGACAUUCUCUUCAGAACUUCUACUGGAAGUACUUGAUAGUGGACGAGGGACACAGGAUUAAGAAUAUGAACUGUCGUCUCGUCAAGGAAUUAAAACAGUUUAGGACAGACAAUAAGCUGCUGUUAACUGGCACUCCCUUGCAAAACAAUUUGUCUGAACUUUGGUCCCUGCUGUACUUCCUGCUGCAUGAUGUCUUCGAUGACUUGAGAAGCUUUGAGUCCUGGUUUGACAUUACCAGCAUUUCUGAAACUGCCGAGGAUCUCGUUGCUAAAGAAAGAGAACAGAAUAUCUUGCACAUGCUGCAUCAGAUCUUGACCCCUUUCUUAUUGAGAAGACUGAAAUCAGAUGUUGCUUUAGAGGUUCCUCCCAAGCGUGAAGUGGUCGUCUAUGCCCCUCUUGUAAAGAAACAGGAGACUUUCUACACGGCUAUUGUCGACAGGACGAUCCGGAAGCUGCUGGGGGAUGAGCAGGAGCCGGUGGUUGAGUUGAGCUCUGCAGGGAGGCCAAAGCGCCGGAGUCGGAAGCUGGUUAACUACCGCGAGCCUGGUGAAAACGAUUUCCCCGAUGAACUGGAGCUGCUGAUCAGCAAACGGCAAGAGGAAGUUGAAAAAGAGAGGCCCGUGAUAGAAAUGAACAUGCCUUUGGACUCUGAAAUCAACCUGAAGCUGCAGAACAUUAUGAUGGUGCUAAGGAAGUGCUGCAACCACCCGUACCUCAUUGAGUACCCUCUGGACCCUGCCACACAGCAGUUUAAGGUCGACGAGGAUCUAGUGAAGAAUUCGGGCAAGUUCUUGCUCCUGGAUCGCAUGCUGCCGGAGCUAAAGAAGCGGGCGCACAAGGUGUUGAUAUUCUCGCAGAUGACCAAAAUGCUGGACAUCUUGAUGGACUACUGCUAUCUAAGGGGCUACCAGUUCAGCCGCCUGGACGGAACGAUGUCUUACGCAGAGAGGGAGAAAAACAUGCAUAACUUUAACACAGAUCCAGAAGUCUUUAUCUUCCUGCUAAGCACACGGGCCGGAGGCCUUGGCAUUAAUUUGACAGCCGCCGACACAGUCAUCAUUUAUGACAGCGACUGGAAUCCUCAGUCUGACAUUCAAGCCCAGGACCGCUGUCACAGGAUCGGCCAGACAAAGCCCGUGGUCGUGUACCGUUUUGUCACCGCAAACACCAUCGACCAAAAGAUUGUGGAGAGAGCAGCUGCCAAAAGGAAGCUGGAGAAACUGGUCAUCCACAAAAAUCAGUUCAAAGGGGGCAGACUUGGCGUGAGCAAGAGCUGCUUAGAUCCCAAGGAGCUCCUGGAGCUGCUGCAGUCCACGGACUAUGACAGGGAAGUUAAAGGAUCCAGAGAGAAAGUUAUAUCUGACAAAGAUCUAGAGCUGCUGCUGGACAGAAGCGACCUCCUUGAUCAAAUGAAAAAGUCUGUACCGCAGAAGAAGGGAGUUUUCACGGUAUGGGAAAGCACGGGCGAUGGCAGCAUAGAUGGCAUCCUUUGAAACGGGAGCCCCUUCCCCUUCAGCGGAUGACGCCCACCCUCCUUCUCUGAACUUGGAACACUGCGGAGACGGACCCCUCUCAGCAUUCACGGCCUCGGCUCUGACUGUAGUGACCCCAAGAGACGACAGAGGACUGUCAAGUGUAGUGUUGCUAAAUCGGCCUAAUUAGUGGCUUUUAAGGGGAGGAGCUCCUUGUGGAUGAAUAACGGACAGAUCAUUUUUCUGGGUUUCGCUGCGCCUGUUAAGCUGCUCGAGAUGUACAGUCCUCUGGAAGCCUUGCUAGGAUAGCUUUUGCUUUUUAAAAAAAUGUUUUGCUUCCUGGGCGGUUUUAUGCAGACAGGGGAGUGUCCCGCGUGCCUUGUUCACAAGGUGUGAUUUUAGUUUUUGGUAACUGUAUACAGGAUUUAUAUGCAUUAGGCCUGGAUAUGAAUGUUAGUUUUGAAAGAGCGGCUCCCCUGCGGCAGAGGGGGGCAGGUUGGGUAACCGCUUAGGACCGCGGUAGAGAGACGUGUUCUCCAAUCGGAACGUUUGUGCCACGAAGAAGGUUACUUUCAGCAAGCAGGCUGGAGAUCUUUUCUGAAGCAGCUGUUUCUUUAACCACCUUUUGGGGGGGGGGAAUUUGUGUGUUUUUUUAAGUCUGUGUUUUGGGGCUCUGUAUUUCUUUUCUAACCCUUUAUGAACCAGGGGCUACUGAAGCGGCCGGUACUCGGCAGCGGCCGUUCCAUCCUGCCCGGCUCAUCCUUCCCGUGUUCGCUGCUCGACAUACAUUUUGGUUCUGGUGUCUUAUGCAACACAAUAAA